UACAUUUGAAUUGAUUGACAGUUAUUUUUAUCUCACUGGUUGCACAUACACAUAUCAAAUUCAACUGAUAUUUAAAUUCUGAAAAUGCAUUUCCCGGAGUUUCAAGCAAUAUCUCUAUCGACCCUGGUAGCUAACUGCUAACGUUGGCUAGCAAAUAUUCUCCCUGACAUGGCAGACGACGUACUCUUUGAAUUUCUCCACAUGGAGAUGGUGUCCCAUAUUUACAAAGAGCAAGCUUCCAGAGGGGAAAUGGACAAGGAUAGGGCCACUUGUGUGUCAGCCCUGGAAGGCAUGGGUUUCAGAGUGGGACAAGGGCUAAUAGAAAGGUUUACAAAGGAUUCGCCCAGUUUCAAAGACGACUUGGACAUUAUGAAAUUCAUCUGUAAAGACUUCUGGAUAAACGUCUUCAGAAAGCAAAUCGAUAACCUAAGGACAAACCACCAGGGGACUUAUGUUUUGCAAGACAAUAAGUUUUCACUCCUGACACAAUUAUCCAGUGGGAAGCAGUACCUUGAGGAAGCUCCGAAGUAUCUGGCAUACUCCUGUGGAUUAGUAAGAGGGGCUUUGUCUAACCUGGGAAUGGACUGCGUGGUGACAGCCGAGGUCUCCCCAAUGCCCUCAUGUAAAUUCCAAGUAGUGAUUCAGAAGAUUUGAUUUGGACAUCUGUCUUCACACUAUACUCGUCUGUGACAAGAAGAUAAUGUGAAUGUCAACCUUCCAGUCCUUUAAUGUAAUCACAUUGAAGGUGGUUUACUAGAUAUCAUUUUUUAUCUGACAUUUUUUAUUUAUUUUCCCUUAACAAAGCAAUAAUACCAUGUAAAGUAUAACACUUAUUAAAGUUUUAUAACAUACUUAAAAAACAACGUAAUGCCGUCAACAGAUAUUGAUUCAUCUAUUUUUUAUGAUUAUUUUGUAUACUCAAUUUCCUGUCUUUGCAUAUGAAAUUACAAUUCUUCAAUGUCACACCUCUGAAGAUAUUUCACUCUCUGUUAUAUAGUAGAUGUCGUCUUUGUUUUUUAGAGAAACCAAAUAUAAAUGUUUCUAUUCUGAAAUGGUUUUCUUACUUAAACCAUGCAUUUUUCACUGGCUACUUGUUGGCUGUUUAUAUUUGUGCAAUGAUGCAACAAAUAUAUUGGUUUUCUAUAAAUAUAUCUUUCAGCCAGUAGAGGGUAGUGUCUGCUAGACUCUUCUCAGCAGCAUUCUUUUAUAUGCGCACGCACUCAAGCACUGCUUUUAACAUUUCAAAAGGAGUGCUACUCAAAGGCCAUAUAGAACCUCUGUUCUACAUAAUGUGUUGCUCCAAUAACAGCGAGGAAAGAUUUAUCCAUUUGGCUUAAACAUUUAAUAAUCAAGAGAGUGUAUUGUUUUGAAAGCAAAGAUAACAAAUGCAGAACAUUCUCUUUUAAAAAUUCUCUUUACAUUUUCAAUUACCCUGUAUUUUUUUUUUUUAAAGAUGGGGAUGUUGGUUUAUAUGUGGAGUUAUUCCCAGAUGUAAUUUCUCUUUUGAUUUUGGUUUAAUUCAGUUUAACAUAAAGCAGAAUAUUUUCCAGUACAAAUACAUUUGCAUUAACAUUCAAACCUUUCCUGGUUUUACAUGCCCUUUAAAGCAACUGGCCUCUGUAGUACUUUGUAAUGUGAUAAGGAAAUGUGACUAUUUUAGCAUCUUGGAAUUUUCUUUCCUGAAGAUGUCUGAUUUGGACAAUACAACCAAGUCCUCCAAAAGUUAAUUGUAGUUCGGGUGUCUCAGUUUAAAUUGAAAUGUCCUGCCGUGCUCUUAAUGGAAAUGCAUUCCUAGGAUUAAAUGGAAUUUAUGUCAACACCCUUUAAAACCAACACAUUCACUCCUCCCUUCAACCUAGAUGAAGUUUGACAGUUAUUUCAUGUUUCAAUAAACAUUUUUAAAAAAUCA